CUCCUCGGCGGUCCCGGGUGGCGGCGGCGGCGGCGGCGGCGGAGACGGCGACGGCGACAUGGAGAGCGGGGCCUACGGCGCGGCCAAGGCGGGCGGCUCCUUCGACCUGCGGCACUUCCUGACGCAGCCGCAGGUGGUCGCGCGCGCCGUGUGCUUGAUCUUGGCCUUGAUCGUGUUCUCGUGCAUCUUUGGUGAGGGCUACAGCAAUACCCACGAGUCCCAGCAGAGAUACUGCGUGUUCAACCGCAACGAGGAUGCCUGUCGCUACGGCAGUGCCAUCGGCGUGUUGGCCUUCCUGGCCUGUGCCUUCUUCUUCGUGGUCGACAUUUAUUUCCCCCAGAUCAGCAAUGCCACUGACCGCAAGUACCUGGUCAUCGGUGACCUGCUCUUCUCAGCUCUCUGGACCUUCCUGUGGUUCGUUGGUUUCUGCUUCCUUACCAAUCAGUGGGCAGCCACCAAGAUGGAGGAUGUGCGAGUAGGAGCUGACUCAGCGCGGGCAGCCAUCACCUUCAGCUUCUUUUCAAUCUUCUCCUGGGGUGUGCUGGCCUGCCUGGCCUACCAGCGCUACAAGGCCGGGGUGGACGACUUCAUCCAGAACUACGUGGACCCCACUCCAGACGCCAGCUCGGCCUACGCCUCCUACCCGGGUGCGUCUGCGGACAACUACCAGCAGCCACCCUUUACCCAGAACGCCGAGACCACUGAGGGCUACCAGCCGCCCCCUGUGUAUUGAGCUGCAGGCAGGGAUGGUAAGGGGAGCAGGGAGGGCGCCGGGGGGCCUCCCCUCCGUCCUGGACUCCUCCCGCGAGGCUUGCCUCCCUGAGCUGCUGGCCCCUCUCGCCGGCGCUGCCUGGAGAGCCCCUGCCUUCCCGGCCUGGCUGUGGAGCCUUGCCUGAAGUGCCUGUGUGCCCCCAGGGCUUUGCCCAGCACUCCUCAAGGGCAUUUGUCAGCCAAGGGUUUUUAGCUAGAUGUGUUUUGUGGUUGCUUUGAGUGAUCCCCACCCUGCCCAGAGAGCUGGAAGUGCCCGCCGUGCUGUUUUCACAAGUGCCUUAGCUUCUCUCCAGCCCCGAGGAGCCGUGGGGGCCGCAGUUCCUUGGGGUUCUCUGCCAAAGACGAGGCUGGGGGCCUCCACCUGCCCUGGUGCUCGUGCUGGGCGGGGCUCCCUUCCUCUUCACUCAGGUUUGUCCCCGCGCCCCCACGUCUGCUCUGGGAGGGGGCAGCCCGCGCUCACUGCUGUAGUGUCUGCCCACUCUUGGAUCGGGGUCAUCGCUCUGCAGCCACUGUCUCUGGGCUGCCUUCCAGACAGCCCCCGGGUUGGCUGGUGCCACCCCAGGGUCACCGGGCAGCACUUCUCCUUGCUCCCACCCGUUGGCGACAGGGAGGGGCUUUGCCUGACCGAUAACACCCAGCUUUAUGUAAAUAUUCCGCCACUGUUAGGAGGUGUGGGCACACCCCUGCCCGCCCC